AUGCAUGCUCUCUGCUGUCGUCGUCCUGGUAUGGACGUGCCUGUCCCCACCUCCCCCACGUACCCCGCGUACCCCGCCUCCCCCGCUUCUCCCGCUCCCCCUGCGUCUCCCCCGUCCCCCGCCUCCCUCGCGUCCCCCGUUUUUCCCCGCCUCACCCGCGUGCGCCGCGUGCCCGUGGCAGGGCGUCUCUCACCUUCCUCGUCCUCGACAGCAGCCAGUCCACAGACGCCCCCUUCCCCUUCUGAGUCAAUUUAUAACCAGUCCACAGACGCCCCCUUCCCCUUCCUCUCCGCCUUCUCCUCCUCCUUCCAAAAACCCCACUGGCGGUCCCGCCCAAUCACCGCGCAGCAGCAGCAGCAGCAGCACAACCAGCAGCAGCAGCAGCAGGGACGGUGGAGAUCCCAGCCCCUCGCAGGCGUAUUUGACGUGGUGGCAUAUGGGGCGGUGGGGGAUGCAGUGGCGGACGAUACACAUGCGCUGACCACGGCCAUGCAUGCUGCGUGCAGCCAUGCGGUGGAGAAGGGGGUGGUGGCGAUGGUGCUGGUGCCGUGGGGUGGCCGCUAUGCCGUGCAGCCCAUCACCAUGCAGGGCCCGUGUGGGCCUGGCAUGCGAUUGCAGAUUGACGGGGUCCUGGUAGGUCCAUCGGACCCUGCAGCGUACCCUUUUCCUGAUUACACCAGCACCUACUUCCCCUACACCAGCGGCUUUCUCUCCUUCAAAAACUUCUCUGGCCUCGUGAUCUCAGGCGGGGGCCGAAUCGACGGGCAGGGGCAGGAGUUCUGGAAAGCAUUCAGGAACUACACCCUGCAGAAGACUAUUCCGAUCAGGCCAUUUGCAAUCCGGCUGAUGCACUGCAAGAACACGACGGUGGAAGGGAUCUCUAUCUGGAACUCUCCCAUGUAUCAUCUCUUUGCGUACACGUGCGAUGGGCUGCACAUACGGCACUACAAGACGAACUCGCCCAGCAGGAGUCCCAACACAGACAGCCUCAAGCUCGUCGGCAUCAAGAACGCUCUCAUUGAAGAGUGCUUUCUGCAUGGAGGUGAUGAUGAUGUGUCAGUUGUUGCAGUGGGGGAGCUGGUGGCGUAUAACAUCACUGUGAGGAACCUGGAGGCAACAGCAGGACAUGGAAUCAGCAUCGGGAGUGUCGGAUGGGAUGGCAAUGUGGGGUGUGUGGCGAAGGUGCGGGUGGUAAAUGUGACGCUCAUCAAUCUGACCAACGGCAUCCGCAUCAAGACAUGGCAAGGGGGCCUCGGGGUUGUCCGGGAUGUCCUGUACGAAAACAUCCACAUGAAGAACACCAGCAAGGCCAUCAUGCUGAAUCAGUUCUACUGUGACAGGCAUCAAAAUUGGACGUGUGGUGGCAGUGGGAACAACGUUGCUCUGCACAACAUCUGGUACCGGAACAUAUCAGCACUCGUCCGUGACAAGUUUGGUAUCUUCAUGCGCUGCAGUGACACUGUGCCAUGCACUGGCAUACAUCUCCAGCAGGUCAACAUUCAACCACAGAAUCCCACCAGACCGCUUGCACCUGUUUUCGAGAAUGUGCUGGCCAGUGCUACAAUUGAUGAUGCCCCGGCCUCGUCGCCAAAGGCGCCGUCGCCUGCGGCUCUGUCUCCCGCGGCCACGUCGCCCGAGGACCUGUCGCCCGCGGCCUCGUCGCCCCUUGCCUCGUCGCCCGAGGACCCGCCCCCCCCCCAACUUCGUUCUCCCUCUCCCGCUGCACGUGCAGCAGAAAAGGAGGGGGGGGGGGGCGGGGAGGGAAGGGAGUUGGGGGCGCGGAUCAUGGAGGGUGAGGGGGUGGCAAGAGGGGUGUGGUUCCGGGGGGUGGCUGACCUAGGGGGUGGCAGGAGGGGUUUCUGCACCACCAGCCACCCACCACCUCCUCCUCUCUCUCUCCCUGCCGCACCUUGUGUUGGGAGGGGGGGGGGGAGCUUGGAGGUUAAGGGGGUGGCGGGGAGGGGAUCUGCAGCAUCAGCCCCCCCCCCCCCCCCCCUUCUCCUCCAUUCCCCUGCUGCGAGUGCAGCAAUGGGGGGGAGGGGAUCUGCAGCAUCAGCCCCCCCCCCCCCUUCUCCUCCAUUCCCCUGCUGCGAGUGCAGCAGUGGGGGGGAGGGGAUCUGCAGCACCCCUGCUGCGGGUGCAGCAGUGGGGGGGAGGGGAUCUGCAGCACCAGCCCCCCCCCGCCCCCCACUUCUCCUCCAUCUGCUGCGGCGGACGUACUCGCGGCGGGAACGCUCUCCGUCGCAUAUGAGGCGCUCAAGGGAGCGCGGAAGGUCGCCGCCGCGCUCGCCACGAAGGGCAGCGUAUCGCGUGGAUCUGGUGACGCCAACGGGCGUGCGAGGAGAGGGAAGCGGGGAGGAUCUGCGCGUCAGAUCGGAGCCUUGGAGGCGACCCGCCACCAGCAAUCCGUGGAACCUGGCGGAAGGCCAGCACGGAGUGGACGAAGGGCGUCGCGAUGGCGACGUGGAGAUGGAUUCGGCGAGUGAGUUCCAUGAUGAGGAGGAAGGGGAAGAACCCCCGCUUGUUCGAGGUCGCGGAAGGCGCGGCGUCACCGACGAAGAAGGACCCCCCACUGCGCGGGGCGAAGGAAUGCGCGGCAACGUCGGCGACGAAGAAUUCCCCAAUGCGCGGGGCGGCGGAAGGCGCGGCAACGCCGGCGACGACGAAUCCCCCACUGCGCGGGGUGAAGGAAGGCAAGGGAUUAACGAGAAGGAUGAGGAAGCGCGGAUCCGUCGUGGAAAAGCGCGGGAGGAAGGCGAAGAAAACAAGGAAGGAGAACGCUCACGUGCAUGA